AUGCAAUUGAAGCACGAAGCUACCACGGGCGGCGCCGUGCCGGGAGUCUCGAUCCCGCUUUCCUCCAUCUCCGGCCCGACCUACGCCACCGGCCAGCUGCUCGUCCAGCAGACCGCGUACAAGCUCUCCGACAAGAUCUUCUCCUUCUCCCCGGAGACCUUUGAUCUCGACACCGCCGUGCGGGACUGGUCCCAGGCCGGCGAGCAAAACAUCCACGGCGAGACCACCACCGUGGUCCCCCUCCAAACCCGUUCUGGUGCGGGUACCUUGGCCUUGGGAUACAUCUUCUCCAAGGACUUCGACCUUGCCAAGCGGCACAUCCCCCAGACAGUCCUGGCCCCCUCGCUGACCCUGCGACACCUCCGCCCGGCCCUGGACCAGCUGUCCCUUCUCUACGGCGUAGCCAGCCCGUUUGUAGCCCACGUCGCCGCGGCGGAUUACUCCGCCCACGACGGCCUGGUAGCCGAGUACGAAAGCGCGCUGCAGAUCGCAGAGGACCUGGGCCUGGCGCUCGUAGCGAGCACCUCGGCCUACGAAGCCCAGCACAUCUCACUGCUAGCUACACUCCUGGCGUCAAUCCUCCCCACGCUGCACGUGUACGAUGGCAUCCGCACCGCGCGGGAGACGCUGCGGGUGGUGGACGCGCUGAGUGAGACCAGUAUUGCCGAGACGUACAAGAAGAUCGCGGCGGCGGCUAACGCGCUGAACAAGCGGUUGGACACGGCGGGGAAAGUGAUUGACCUGCUGCAUGCGUUCAACGGCGAACUCGGCACGUCGUACGCGCCGUUUGAGUACCACGGCCAUGAGGAGCCGGAACUGGUGCUGGUGGUGUUUGGGAGCGCCGAGGCGCAGCUGGCUAAGCAAGUCGCCAAUACCCUCGCCGCCGAGGGCAAGAAGGUCGGCGCCAUCAACGUACGCGUCUACCGGCCUUUUAUCGAGGAGGCCUUCCUCGCUGUGCUCCCCGAAUCGACCCGCCAGGUGGCCGUGCUCGGCCAAGUCCGCGACGCCACGGCGGUCGAGGACGCCUCAGUGCAGUCGGUGCUGUACGCCGACGUGCUCACGGCGGUGUCCUUCUCGGACCGCUCGCAGCAGCUCGUGGUGAUCGACGUCAAGUACGCCGCGGCGACCACCCACACGCCAAGCUCGAUCGCGUCCAUCGUGCACCAGCUCACGUCCAAGGAGACCCAGGCGGAGGUUGCGCUGACGCUGCAGGCUGUGGAGCAGACGCGCCAGUACACCUUCUGGGAUGUUGAUAACUCGGCUGCGUUGGCGGCGCCCGCGGCGCUGGGCAAGCUGUUGGCGCGCGAGGCGCCUAACAAUGUGUACAUCCACGAGACGUAUGAUAACUUGGUGCAGGGCGGUGCGGUGCGGACGGAUAUCCGCAGCUCUGAGUCGCCGGUUGAGGCGCCAUUUGCCGUUGAGACCGCGGAUGUGGUCUUUGUGGGUGAGGAGAAGCUGCUUAAGGAUGUGGAUAUCCUUAAUGGUGCUAAGGCCGGCAGCGGCAAGGUCAUCCUGCGGCUUCCGAACUUCAAGGAGGAGGAACUCGAGAAGCGUAUCCCCGCAGCUGCGCGGAAGCAGAUCCAGAAGAAGGGCCUGGGCUUGGUCGUUCUCGAUUCAUCGUUCUCACCUGCGCUAGAGAAGGAUGCUGAGCUGCUCACCCAGCUUGCAUUCCUGCAGGUCGCCCGGCCCGAGGUCACGCUUGCGGAGCUCGCCAAGCUUGGUGAGGUCAACGAGAGCCAGGUGACACUGGCCGAGUUUGCCGAUGCGCUCGCGCAGGCACUCAAGACAAUCGAGGUGCCAGCCAGCUGGGCCGAAGUCGAGGAAGCGCCCCCCGCCGUUGCCCCCCGCUCAGGGCUCAAGCCCAUUAGCUUUGUGCCCUUCGAUAAGAACGAGGCCGAGCCGGCGCUCAAGCUGGACAGCUGGCAGGAAGCAGCCAAGGGCCUCGUGUUCAAGGAGGCGUACGGCACGCAGAUCGAGCUGCGCCCCGACCUCACGGUCAAGACAGCCACGGUGCACGUCAAGGAGAACCGCCGGCUCACACCGGACGCGUACGACCGCAACAUCUUCCACAUUGAGUUCGACCUGGGCAACUCCGGCCUCACCUACAACAUCGGCGAGGCCCUGGGCAUCCACGCCGACAACGACCCGCAGCAGGUACUCGACUUCAUCCAGGCGUACGGCCUCAACGCGGACGACCUCGUGCAGGUCCCCUCGCGCGAGGACGCCGCCGUGGCCGAGACCCGCACGGUGUACCAGUCCCUGGUGCAGAACCUCGACAUCCUCGGCAAACCACCCAAGCGGUUUUUCGAGGCCCUAGCCGAGUUCGCCGCCGACGAAGCAGAGCAAAAGAAACUCGCCUUCCUCGGCGGCAAAGACGGCGCCGACGAGUUCAAGAAACUCUCCGAAGUCGAAACCGUCACCUACGUCGACAUCCUCCAAACCUUCCCCUCCGCCCGCCCCUCCUUCCCCGAUCUGGUCCGCAUCGUCUCCCCGCUCAAACGCCGCGAAUACAGUAUCGCCUCCGCGCAAGCCGUGACCCCGACCUCGGUCGCCCUCAUGAUCGUCGUCGUCGACUGGGUCGACAGCCAAGGCCGCACCCGCUACGGCCAAGCCACGCGCUACCUCUCUGGCCUGCUCCCCGGCACCGCCGUCACCGUCUCCGUCAAGCCCUCGGUGAUGAAACUCCCCGUCGAAGACACCGCGCCCUUGAUCAUGGCCGGUCUCGGCACGGGUCUCGCCCCCUUCCGCGCCUUCAUCCAGUACCGCGCAAUGCAAAAGGCACAAGGCAAAGAAAUCGGCGCUAUCCUGCUGUACCUUGGCAGUCGCCACCAACGCGAAGAAUACCUCUACGGCGAGGAAUGGGAAGCCUAUCUCGAUGCCGGGGUGAUCACGCUGUUGGGCGCGGCGUUCUCGCGGGAUCAGCCGCAGAAGAUUUAUAUCCAGGACCGGAUGCGGCAGACGCGGGAGCAGAUUGUGCAGGCGUACAUUAAAGAUGGGGGAUCGUUUUAUUUGUGUGGGCCGACGUGGCCGGUGCCGGAUGUUACGGCGGUGUUGGAGGAGGCGAUUGCGUUUGAGGCGAAGGAGGGGGGGCGGAAGGUGGACUCAAGGAAGGAGAUUGAGAGGUUGAAGGAGGAGGGGCGGUAUGUGUUGGAGCCCUUGAAACUAUCACAAGACGAGACGAACACCAUGACAGCAGCCAUCCGCGCCCUGCCCAAUGUAUGCCCCGCUCCGGCUUCCCACCCAUCAACAGCAUCCACCAUCUCCCGAUUCGCCAACCGGGCUACGAAUAGCUCCCGCAACUAUGCCACCCCUCAAACCCCCCAAAAGGAGUACGCCUUCGAAAUGGCCGCGUCCUCCAUCCGCUUCGGCCCAGGCGUCACGCGCGAGGUAGGCAUGGACCUGCGCAACAUGGGCGCCAAGCGGGUGUGUGUCGUGACGGAUCCGACGGUGGAUAAAUUGGCGGCGAUGCAGCAGGUGCGGGAGUCGUUGGAUCGUGAGGGAGUGGAGUAUAAGGUGUUUAGUGGUGUGCGCGUUGAGCCGAAGGAUUAUUCCAUCAAAGAAGCCAUAGCCUGGGCCAAACCCUAUGCCCCCGACGCCUUCCUCGCCGUCGGCGGCGGAUCCGUAAUCGACACCGCCAAGCUCAUGAACCUCUACACCACCUACCCGGAAGCCGACUUCCUCGACUUCGUCAACGCGCCCCUCGGCAAAGGCCUCCCCAUCGAACGCAAACUCCACCCCCUCAUCGCGGUGCCCACCACCGCCGGCACCGGCAGUGAAACCACCGGCACAGCCAUCUUCGACCUAGCCUCCCGCCGCGCUAAAACAGGCGUCGCCCACCGCAACCUCAAACCCACCCUCGGCAUCUGCGACCCCUUAAACACAGCUACCAUGCCCUCCGCAGUGAAGGCGUCGUCCGGCCUGGACGUGCUCUGCCACUCGCUGGAAUCGUGGACGGCCAUCCCUUUUAACGAGCGUACCCCUCGCCCGACGAACCCCAUCUUGCGACCGGCGUACCAGGGCGCGAACCCAAUCAGUGAUAUUUUCUCGUUGAAUGCCUUGAGGCAGACGGUGAAGUAUCUGCCGCGGUCAGUGCGGGAUCCGGAGGAUGUGGAGGCGCAGAGUGAGAUGUUGCUCGCGAGUACGUUGGCCGGGGUUGGGUUUGGGAAUGCGGGUGUGCAUUUGUGUCAUGGCAUGUCCUACCCCAUAUCCGGCCAAAACCCCGGUUACCACCACGCCGGCUACCAACUCCCGGACCCUCUAAUCCCGCACGGCGUCUCCGUCGCCGUAACCGCCCCCGCCGUCUUCCGCUUCACAGCCCCCUCCAACCCCGACCGGCACCUCGCAGCAGCCGAGGCCUUCGGCGUAGACAUCUCCACGGUCAAACGCGAAAGCGCAGGCGAAGUCCUCGCCGACGCACUGACCAAAUUCCUCGCCGACCUGGGGGACCAGCCGAAGGGACUGAAAGCGCUGGGGUUUGGGAGGGAGCAUAUUGCGGAGUUGGUGGAGGGGACGAUACCGCAGGCGAGGGUGUUGAGUUUGGCGCCUGGGUUAGCGGAUGAGGUAGAGAGGGAGCGGGAACAGUUGGCGAGGUUGUUUGAGGAGAGUUUGGAGCAUUAG